AUGGAGCUCCGUCGCGAGAGCGUGCCGACUUGCCCAGCUUGUGCUGGAGAGGGGGACAGAAUCCAUCUGUCAUCAAAGUGGGAGCUCAUGGAUCAGGCCCAUGCCACCAUGGACGAGCUGGGCUGCUGUUGCACACCAGGGGCAGAGGGCUGCGACAGUCAAGUUGACGUGGGCUCCCAGGUGGUCAUCUUUGGACAGAGCAGAAGCAGCGGCUUGAAUGGCCAGCGCGCGCAAACUCUGUGGUGGGACUGCGACGGCCAGUGUUGGGAAGUGCUGGUGCUGGCUUCGAGACAGGUGAUGAGGAUGCAUACCUCCGAGCUAGCCCUGGCAGAGGCCUGUGGUGGCGCGGAUGGGCUCAGCAAUUGUCCUUGCUGGCCGUCAGGCCGCGGCUUGUAUCCAGUGAGUCUUGGGAACCGCUGCUGCGUCAAACUGGGUAUUGACGAGUGCUCCGGGGAUGCACACUGUCCGGUUGGCUACCCCUACUUUCACGGCGCGGAGUACUUGCCUUUUGAUUCUCUGCUGACAUCUUUGGAUGCGGUUCUGCAUUUUCUCCGGCAUGACUUCGCCAAUUUCUUCCACUACAAUGACAUGAUCGAUGUGCACCCGCCAGGACUCCCGAACAUCAUCUUUCACAACUACCGUUCGUGGAUGCACACGUUUCCACACCAUCACCCGCAGUCGGACCAAGCCAAGUUGGAUCGACGAAUUCGACGGUUCAGGGUCCUCUGCCGCCAUAGCCGCGACGUACGUGGCUCCCGUCCUUUGCAGUUCGUCCGCUAUGUGGGAGAGUCACCCCACGAAUUGCACCGGCUGGAGGAGCUCUACAGCAUUCUGCGGCUGUGGGGCGGUUCACGAGCCAGGCUUUGCUUUGUGGCCAUGCUCCAACAUCCUCAAGCUCCUCAAGCGUCCCAGCGCAUGCCUCCAGACCUGACUGGAAGGUCUGCGUUGACCUCGGGGCUGUCUGCCAAAAGCGUCAAAGGCGGCAGACUCUUCCGUCACGACAUCUACCCGAAGGUUCUGUUCUGGCUUGUGGACGGGCUCGUAAAUGUUAUGGACUUCGGACCGAUCCGGCAGGCCCUGCGCUUCAAUGUUUACGAUGAGGCAGGCCUACUCCACGAUGUGCCCAGUAUCUCUACGGCAUCUCUCAUAGCGACGCUGCGGCCCUUCAAGGACCCCUACACCAACAAGAGCGCAAAUUGCGACCGCACCUGGCUGGAAAGACCACCUGCAAAAGAGAAGGACAUUGCUUUGGGAUUCUUUCCUGACUGUCCGAGGGCCCAGCAGCCAGACCAGGGCUACCAGACCAACAACCUACUGCGCUCGGCUAUACGCCGAGGUGAUGCAGUGCGAGUAAGGGAGCUCCUUCGUGACGGCUCUGCAGCAGAUGCAAAUACCUGGGAUGGCCGGGGCAGGCGGCCCUUACAUGAUCUUUGCGAGGCUGCAGCAGCAGGCCGGGGCCAAGUGUCCACUCUCCACCUUGCCGCAGAGCUCCUGUUGGCGCACGGCGACCCUCGGGCUCGUGACAAGGAUGGCAAGAGCGUACUGGACGAGGUGAGCUGUGUUGAGCUGGGCACAGAUGAGUCGACAAGACUUCUGGCUCAGAAGCCUUUCCUGCGGGAGCUGGUGGCCCUGUUGGCCGCUUGCUCUUUGCAAGGUGUGACAGAGCAGGGGUUUGCGGACCCCGCCGGACUCUUCCGUGGCUUGGAACUUCUCGGAGAACCAAAGCGAAGCCAGAUCGCCCUGGGAAUUCUUGGACUGGCUGCCCUUCGUCCCAUCGGCCCAGCAGAGCUGAAGUGGCGCAAUCCUGGUCCUGGGCUGGAAGAGCAGCUGGCUGCACUUGACGAUGAGCUGGCGGCCAUCAAACGUUUGAAGGAAACUUCGCAGAGACGACGUGCGCUCAGGCGCAUGCUCUUCGAGUGGCAUCCAGACAAGAACAGCCACCGGCAUGAGCUUGCCAAAGCGGCUUUCCAACACAUCCAGAUGCAGAAGGCUGACAUUCUGGAAAAGGGCCGGGCGCCGAAGCAUGCGACAGGGCCGGGAUAA